GAAACAAAAAGCACGAGACCGCACGCGCGCACGUACGUACGCAAACGCGUUGGUUUUGCUCUCGAUGAAAAACCGCGGCCGCAGGCAGCAGUGAUCAGACAUUGUCUUCUGGUGAAGCGUGCCGAGCAGGUUAGAUUAUGUGUGGUUGAUGGCAAAAGAAAUCCGCUUGUAGAAAACCAGCGCAGAACUUCAACAUUUGUUCUGGGUAUGGCGAGCGAUGCAUCUACCUCCACGUGGAAAGGGUUUUGUGGAAAUUCUGGUUUCUGGGAGCCAUCUCUCCUGAACUCCACCCACCCUGAUCUGUCGCCCUGCUUCCAAGAGACGGUGUUAUCAUGGGUGCCUCUCCUCUUUCUCUGGUUGGUGGCGCCGUUCUACCUCUGGUACAUGUGGAAGCACGACCGUGGAAGAAUUCCCGUCUCCCGCUUGCACCGGGCAAAAACGGUUUUGGGUGGGCUGUUGAUCAUUCUUUUCCUGGCUGAGGUAGGCUUUGCCCUAGCACAGAUCAUCAUGCCCAACCGUCAGAUAGCAGGCGUGUAUUUGCUCACUCCAACGCUUACUGCACUGACCAUGAUUUUAGCAUUCGCGAUCAUCCAGAUCCAACGAAUCAAGGGGGUGGAAACAUCGUGGGUGCUCUUCAUGUUUUGGCUGCUGGUAGCAACCUGUGGCAUUGUUGAGUUCAUAUCCAGAAUAUACUCGAUACUGCAUACAGAUCGGGUGAACUUUGACCUUUUCCACUUUGUGACCUUCUACAUUUAUUACGCUCUGGUGCUGGCCCAGCUUGUCUGUUCUUCAAUGGUAGACAGAAUGCCCUACUCAUCGACAGAUGAGAAUCCUUGUCCAGAAGCCUCAGUCUCAUUCCUGUCAAGGCAGACAUUCUGGUGGUUCUCAAGCAUGGUUUUGAAAGGCUACAAGAAGUCACUGACCGCAGAUGACCUUUGGUCACUGAUGGAGAGGGACAAGGCAGCCACAGUCAUGCCCAGGUUCCUGAAGGCUUGGAAAAAGGAGAAACUCAGAUCAGACCUGUCUGUGCAUUCACCGACCCCAAAACAAAAGAAGAUGGGCAACCAGGUACCCGUGCAAAAGCUGGACGAAGACGGUGACACUCCCCACAAAAACGAGGUCAAGUUCUCGGGACCAAACUUGCAGAAUGGCAAAGGAGCCGAUCAUUCAGCCACGGAAGCCGAAAGUACCACGAGGAGCUACAAGGCGUCUCUCUUCAAGGCGAUCGUCCGGACGUUUGGCCGCGUUUUCCUUGUAGGGUGCUUCCUGAAACUUCUCCACGACAUCUUGCUGUUUGUCAGCCCAGAAUUACUCAGGGGCCUCAUCAAGUACACCGCCGACAAAGAUGUCUACCCGUGGGAAGGCUACAUGUAUGCUUGUCUGCUCCUGGCCUCUACUGUCCUCCAGUCAUUCUUGCUUCAUCAGUACUUCCACAUCUGCAUGCUGACAGGGAUGCACAUGCGAACAGCGCUCAUUGGUGCUCUGUACAGGAAGGCCUUGAUACUCUCCAACUCUGCCCGAAAGGAUGCCACGACCGGCGAGAUCGUCAACCUGAUGUCUGUGGAUGCCCAGCGGCUGAUGGAUCUGUGUACCUUCGUGAACACCCUCUGGUCAUCGCCGUUCCAGAUCCUGGUGGCGUUGUUUUUCCUGUGGCGCACCCUGGGCCCCUCGGUCCUAGCCGGAUACGGUGCAAUGGCUCUCUUGAUUCCGCUCAACGCUUACGUCGCCGUCAAGAUCCGGAGUAUCCAGGCAAGGCAGAUGAAGGAGAAAGAUGCCCGUCUCAAACUGAUGAACGAGGUGCUGAACGGCAUCAGAGUGCUGAAGCUGUACGCGUGGGAGAUGUCCUUCCGGGACAAGGUCAUGGAAAUCCGCAAUCGAGAGGUGCGACUGCUGCGCAUGUCAUCCUACCUGCAGGCCACCAUGACUUUCCUCUGGACGAGCGCCCCGUUUAUUGUGGCACUGCUAAGUUUUGCUGUCUAUGUCUUGGUGGAUGAGGAGAACGUAUUAGAUGCUGAAAAGGUCUUUGUCUCAAUCUCGCUCUUCAACAUCCUCAAGUUUCCCUUCUCUAUGCUACCCAGUAUGAUAUCACGCACAAUGGUGGGCCAUGUUUCCCUGAAACGCAUCGAAAAUUUCCUCAUGAAGGAUGAAUUGGACAGCGAGAAUGUUGAGAGAUCUGUCGGAGAUCAUGCCCUCCACAUCCACGAUGGGGACUUUGCCUGGUCAAAAGAUGGCAACUUAAUUUUGAAGAACAUCAAUGUGGACAUCCAGCCAGGCUCGUUGGUGGCAGUGGUGGGUCAGGUUGGGUGUGGCAAGUCCUCUCUCCUGUCCGCCCUGCUGGGAGAAAUGGAGAAGACCGGAGGAGCAGUCAACGUUAAUGGCUCCGUGGCCUAUGUCCCUCAGCAAGCCUGGAUCCAGAAUGCCACUCUUAGGGGCAACGUCUUGUUUGGGGCACCAAUGCAGGAGACGGAGUACCAGCGGGUCAUCGAAAGGUGUGCCUUGGCACCAGACCUGGAAAUACUGCCGGCCGGGGAUCUGACUGAAAUUGGCGAAAAGGGUAUCAACCUCAGUGGAGGUCAGAAACAAAGGGUCAGCCUGGCUCGAGCCGUCUACAACAAUGCCGACAUCUAUCUCCUGGACGACCCGCUCAGUGCCGUGGACUCGCAUGUGGGUAAGCACAUCUUCGAGCAGGUAAUCGGGCCGGAGGGUCUCCUCAAGCGGAAGACACGAGUUCUGGUCACUCAUGGCAUCAGCUUCCUGCCUCAAGUGGAUCGCAUCAUCGUCGUGGUCGACGGGGAAAUCACCGAGGCAGGCUCGUACACCGAGCUGCUCUCGCGCAACCAGGCAUUCGCGGAAUUCCUGCGUAACUAUAGCACCGAGGCUGAUGAGAUUGAAGAUCAAGCAGGAGAGGAUGCAGAAACAAAAGCUGUGGAAGGUUCGCCUACUCAGAGAGAAGUGAACCCAAACAAAAUAUCAACAGCAAUGAAAUCCCACCAAGAAGAGGAGGCCUUGAAGAAGCAGAUAUCCCGGGACCAGCUGAAGAAGCAGCGAGAGCAGGAUGCGACCAAGGCAGCCCUGGCCAAAGAGGGCGACACACUCAUCAAGAAAGAGACAACUGAGACGGGCAUGACUAGCCUUCGAGUGUUCCUCCUGUACAUCCGUUCCCUUGGCAACCUUCUGUUCCUGCUCAUCUUCCUCCUGUUUGCCCUCUUCAACGCCGACGCCGUCUUCAUCAAUGUCUGGCUGAGCCGUUGGAGCAGCCAGGAACCCGUCAACGGGACCAGCCCUGAGGAGAUUCGGGACAGAUACCUUGGGAUUUAUGGCAUGCUGGUCUUCCUGCAAGGUAUACUGCUGCUAUUUGCAUCCUUGCUUCUGGCUGCUGGCGUGCUCAGAGCCUCGCGCUCUCUCUACCGACGCCUCCUGACAAACAUCCUGCGCGCCCCCAUGAUGUUUUUCGACACCACGCCCACCGGCCGCAUCCUGAACCGUUUCAGCAAGGACACGUACUCCAUUGACGAGAACAUCCCGUUUGCGGUGGCCUCCUUCCUGCGCAUGUUCAUGCUGGUGGUGGCCACGUUUAUCGUCAUCACUUGGAGCACGCCGCUAUUCGGCAUUGUUAUCCUACCGGUCAUCAUAGCCUUUGCGCUGUUACAGAGAUUCUACAUAGCCACUUCCCGUCAGCUGAACCGGAUUGUGUCGGUGGCACGCUCGCCAAUCUAUGCACACUUCUCCGAGUCCAUAGCCGGGGCUACUUCCAUCCGAGCCUACAACAGCUUGGAGCGAUUCAUAGAAGAGAACCAGAGCCUGGUGGACAAGGAUCAGACAGCCUACUACCCGAACAUCAUUUCCAACAGAUGGCUUGGAAUACGCUUAGAGUUUCUUGGUAGUACUGUUGUGUUUUUUGCCUCCAUCUUUGCCGUGAUUGGUCGGGACCACCUGAGUUCAGGAACAGUGGGCCUCUCCAUUUCGUACGCCUUGGAGGUGACUAGCAUCAUGACUAUGCUUGUCCGAGCUACUUGCAACUUAGAAAACAACGUGGUCGCUGUGGAACGAGUUGAAGAGUACUGCACAACACCCACAGAGGCACCAGAGGUUAUUGAAAGCAAUCGCCCUUCCUCUUCCUGGCCAGACAGUGGCAAGGUCGAGGUCGAUCAGUACAGCGUGCGUUAUCGCGAAGAUCUGGAUCUGGUGUUGAAGGAAAUCUCCUGCCACAUUGAGCCAGGAGAGAAGUUGGGCAUUGUUGGACGCACAGGAGCGGGGAAGUCAUCUCUCUCCAUGGCACUGUUCCGUAUCCUAGAGGCCGCGGCCGGCUCCAUCAAGAUCGACAACAUUAACAUCUCUACCAUCGGCCUCCAUGAUCUAAGAUCUCGCAUCACCAUCAUUCCCCAGGACCCGGUGUUGUUUGCUGGUACUCUGCGCAUGAACCUUGACCCCUUUGAUCAAUACCCCGACGAUCGCCUGUGGGAUGUGCUGAAACAUUCUCACCUGCACUCCUUCGUGUCAGAGUCUGCGGAGAAGCUGCAGUUCAACUGCACCGAGGGAGGCAAAAACCUAAGUCUUGGUCAGCGACAGUUGAUCUGCCUGGCCCGCGCCCUCCUCCGCAAGACCAAGAUCUUAGUCCUGGAUGAGGCCACGGCCGCCGUGGAUCUGGAAACAGACGAUCUGAUCCAAGCUACGAUACGCACGGAGUUUGCCGACUGCACGGUCAUCACCAUAGCACACAGACUGAACACAAUCAUGGACAGCUCUAGAAUCCUGGUCUUGGAUGCGGGUGAGAUUGCAGAGUUUGACACGCCCAGCGAGUUGCUGAGGCGAGGAGGCAUCUUCCAAUGCAUGGCGAGGGAUGCAGGACUGAUCUGAGAAGGGAAAAUGAAGGGUAUCACUUUGGGACAGCACCCCCAUGGCCCCAUUAUCAUGGAGCUGCUAAGCAGGAAAUAUUGCGCAUAGAAUAUCUCAGCUAAGCUGGGAACCGGUCAUGUGCCAUAUACUUUCCACAACAUUUUUGGCAGGUUACCUGCCCUUGCUAGGCAAAUACUUUUCCAUGCUUAACACUUACGUGGAAAUUAUCCUUAUUUAUAAUAACACAGACAGUGUCCCUAUUCAACAACGUGCAACUUGACCAUGUACUUACACUUGAUAAUGCCUGCAGAAAAGUAAUAAUGCCCACUGCAUGUUCAAAUCAUGGGGUGGUACCUGGAUGCCAAAAAGUUUAAUUGAGUUUUGAUUGGCCAAGAGUUCGUGUACACAUGGCUCACCACAUGUGUGCCAAGUCCAUAUAAGGACAUCCUUUGGACAACUUUCACAAAGAAUAGACUCUAAAUCGGACAUGGGUGUUUGGGAUGAAAGUAAAAUUCUAGAUCUAAAUCGUUGGAAAUCCAUCAUGUAUUUACUUCUUUUGACUAAAAAUGUAUUUAUGAAUGGGAAUGUAAAUAUGUGCUUGGCUAGUCUUGAAUGUAUUUAUUCCCUUAAAAAUUGCCGUUGCCUUUGUCAUUUCUCCAUUUGAAGAUGGUGAAUGUGAAAUCUUGGAAGUCUAGAAUAUCCUCAUAAACUUAUUUGUACUUUGAACUUAAACAGCAUUGUACUCUAUAAAUAGCCCUGAUUCACUAAGAAGCUUUCAGUUGUGUUCCCUAAUCUGUUAAACAUAUUGUAAACUGCUGAUUGGAAUGAUACCAGACUGUUUUAUGAUUAACAUGCAUUCCAAGCCUCUCCUUCACCAUUUGUCACAAACUUGCGCAAAACACGAAGGUACGUUUAAUCCCAAAUUUUGAAAGUAUUCCUCAGAGUAGAUAUGCUGUAAUUCAUCAUGCUUUCAUAUCUGCUCUCAAAUUCCAAAAAUUCACAUCAGUUUCAAUGUUAAGGCAGCUGACUUAUGAAUAAAAUCUGUAAUAAGCCACAUUAUUAAAGGCACCAAGAAAUGAAUUUUUCUUAGAAUCACUUUUUGUGUAUCUCUGUACUGUUCUUCCAUCUAUGAAGACUGUUUGACAUCUUUUUUGAGUUACGUGAACUGGAGGGUGCACUUUUUUCCCAACAUUAAAUAUGAGCAAAGCUGUGGAGGGUAUCUUUGUCCAAAUUACACAAAAGCUUAUGCCUUUUGCCUUGCCUUUGAAGUAUUUUUUUAUAUUUUCCAGUGGAAUGUGUGAACCAUAUUUCUAUCUGUAUUCUGAAACAAAUCAAGAUUGCCAAUUACGGAAGACGGCUGUUGUCAAAGUUCAAAUUGUCAAAUGCUGAUGUGGUCAGACUUAGUUGGAAAAUAUUCAGAGUGGAAAGGUGAUAUUUUACUAGACAUAAAUUGUAAGACUUUUUGGGGGGGAAUCCAGCCAUUGUGAGCAGUGAAAUAUUAGUUUUUGCGUAAAUUUCAUCCAUUUGUAAAUAAGGUUUUUUCAGUCUCUUUAACUGAGGAUUGCAUGUAUUUAUGAGAUCCCAGUGUUGUUAGUUUUGUUUGAUAUUUGCUUGACAGUCAGUGCAAAUUUAUAUUAAGCAGAAACUUAAUAGUAUUUUAAAAGUUUCAAACUUACAACCCCAAGUAUUUUCAAUGCCAUGUUACGUGCCUAAUACAUAACUGUUUAUGUUUGACAAGCAGUGGUUAUUUUACUCAAUGCGUCCGUACUUCUAUGCUCAAAUUGCGUUGACAUGUUUUCUGUGAUGGUUAAAUUCUGAGCAUCCCAAACAGAACUUACAAUAAAAUCUAAUUUAAAAGAUUGAAUAAGUUUUGCAUCUAUAAUCAGACAUGUGCGACCACUAUUAAAUUCACACUGUAGUAUUAUUCAAAUCAGUCUGUGUGUGUGAAUAAUGAGGAUAUAGAUAUUGAAGAUAGAAUUUAGUGAAGGAAUUUUCAUUCAAAAAUAAAGUUUUUGUUUCCUAAUUCAUUCGCAGAGAGAAAUCCACUUUAUGAUAUUUCAAGCAGACCGCAGGCAUGGCAAUUUUUAAACUUUGUCUCAAAGA